AUGAGCGAAGAAGCGCCAUCACCUGAGGCUCAGGAAGACCUUGUCUCUCUCCGUAUUCAGCUCCUCGACGUCAAGCUCUCAGCUCCGGCAGUUGAUGAGCAAGUGGCAUUGACCUACAGGCUGCAGGACGACCAAGGCGAUGAAUUAAAGGAUGCAGAGAAGGAAGGGAAGCUUCAGGGGUCAGGAGAGCUCUCCUUGCAAGAGAAGACGCCAGGAAAACCUCUUUAUGAGAACGUUCAUGUAUUCCCGCAGCAAGAUUCUGAGGCCCACCGCGAGUUGCUUGCAGACCUUCUUUCGUUGGAUAUGUUGUAUGUCGUCACAGCCACAGUAGGGAGCGAUGAUUACAAGGGAGGCUGUUCAGUCUCCUUGGUCCCUCUUAUCUGGAGGAAACGUCCGCAGUUCGAUGACGAGGGCUGGGAGUUGGAGAAGCCUACAGUAGAAGGAUGGUUCACGCUCCUUCCUCUGACCUCCCCAGAGGCGGCUCAGUCUGCGGAGCCUCCGGUGACGUGCGAGGUUCACGUGCGGAUGGAGCUCUCGAGGCCGGUGUUUUCAAUUGAAGAGGAGCACAAGACAAACGUGAUCACAGUCAACGUCCGCGGGCUCUACAACCUGCCGCCUACAUGGAACGUGGGGGAGGGAGAAGAGAUGGAAGAUCACAAGUAUUGGUAUGAAGCUGCAUACGACUUUCCCUCCUCAUCCGGUUCUGUGCAAGUGACGGCAGAGAACGGAAGUUUGAGCGUCCCCUCAUCACAGGAUGAAUCCGAUGUGAGAAGUGAAUCUGAAAAAGCAUUCUUGCAAGGGACUCUCCAAGAGAUUAGUCUGAAAGAAGAGGACCAGUCCAUACGUGUUGUUUGGAAUCACCGAUUUCGAACCUUCAUGACUCCUUCCACUCUUGAUAGCUUUAAAGAUGCGAUUCAGAAAGCAAGAUUCCCUGUAAGCAUUCGGAGAGUUUUGAAAAGCGGAGCAGACUAUGUUUACACCAACAAGUACAAGGGAUUAGCCAAUGUUGACCUCUCAGGCAUAAUGGCAAACGACAUUCGGACACUUGCUAUUCGCUGCCCUGUUGGUCCAGCUGCUGAUUUCAGUGUUCCGACAGAAGAAGAGCUACAACAGCUUCCUCCACCUGAAGGUGUGGAGGAAACCGAAGAAAUCCUGCACAAUGGUGAAGCUACCAACCCGUACCUCAGAAGUGAAACCUACCUCCUGCUUGAGAUCGUUUGUGCUCGCCCGAUAGUUCCAAAGCCACAGUCUCCUCCUCCUCCGCUCGCUACAGUGCGCGAGAUCCUCGAGCAAAGAGCUCCAGUCGAUUCCUUGGAAAGUUUGCCGUCUACGACUCUCGAACAGCUGAACAAAGACUUUCGAUGGGCUGCAUCUGAAAUCUUGGGUGAGAUCGAAGCAACUGGAAAGCAGAGAAUGUCGAUCGAAAACGCCCUGCAAACUGUCAUGACGCAAUUGAACAGCAAGGGAAAGUAUCAUGACCUCAAGGAGCGGAUACAACAUUCAGUGCUACAAGUGGUCAAAGAAAGAUUUCACAGAGGAAGCGUGGGUGACAUCAGCAAUGAGAUAGCAAAUCUGAAUGCCUUCUUGAGGGAACAGCUGAAGCGAUUUAUAAUGGAAUUCUUCGAUCUAGAAGCUGAGAAACCCAAGUUCACAGGAGAUGUGAGCGGUGAAGAUCUCUUGACACAAGAGCUGGAGCUCGCGGUAGAAGCCGAACUUCUUCUUCGCUAUGACAAGGCAAAAUCGCACCUGCAGAAUCGGCUGGUCUCCGAUUCAAACAACUCCAGCCUGUGGUAUGACCUGGGAACGAUGACCAUCCGCUCGGGGGACUACAACGCAGCAAAAGAGUAUCUGAACAAGGCUGUUGAAGUGGACGGGAAGAACAUGUUUGCCUUCUUGGCCCUCGGCUCCUUGUUUUUCCUUCAGAACGAAAUGAGCAAGGCGGAAGAGAGUUUCCGUCAGGCCUGUGAGUGUGGGGCCAACGCGUUGGCUUGGGCUUGCUCGGCAUGUUUUUAUGACAUCGAAGCAAGAGAACAAGAGAGACGAACAUGCGACAAGCAGCUCAACUCAAUCGAAAAGAAGAUGACGCAAUCGAAGGUCUCUCCUUAUCUUCGAGCUGGCUCUUUCUUUGCUGAGAUGAAUGCGACGCUCCUGGUAGAGCAAGCCAUGGCACAAGAAGUGCAGAAGAACAGAAGCAGCGACAGUCUGCAUCUCAUCCUUGGGAGGACGUACCUCAACAACGGCGAGUAUGACAAGAGCAGAGAACACCUGGACGCUGUGAUCAGCAGCAGUCCAGGAAGCGCAGACGCGGCAGUCGCCUUGACACUCAAGGGCCACACCUGGUUCAUGGAGCUGGAAUGGCACAAGUACAGGUCUGACUUCGACGUCCCUCCAGCAAAGGACGUGCUCUUCUCUUACAACAAGUCCCUGUCUUCACGGAAUCCCAACAUCGAUUUACUUCAGUACAUUCGAAUGGCACGGCUACACAUAGCCAUGAAAGAGUUUGCUGAGGCACAGAAGGUCAUGGAGAAGGCAUGUAAGCUAAGACAGUACGCGACAUGCUGGCUGGGUCUUGCCGUCGCAUGCUUUCACAAGACCAUGCCAGACUUAUCUCUUGUUGAAAACUGUCUACAACAAGCUUCGAUCUUGGAUAGUCGGAACGCGGAAGUCUGGGGAAUGAUAACCCUUAACUGCAUGCAUCAGGCUGGGGAGAUCACAGCGGAGAGUCCGGAGUUUGAGAUCAAGAUGAGCGAGGCGCUUUUCGCCUUCAGACAAGCCCUCAUGUACGGCCUGUCCCUCGACGAGAGUUUCCCUACGGAGAUUUCCAUCCUAGAGCAGAUCGCCGUCAACUUGGAGAAGUACCAGAAGUAUGGUCCAGCAUCGGAGGCGCUCAGGAGAGCUUUCUAUUCCGUGAAAGGCAUCCCAACAAGCACGAGACUGCUGCGGCUCUUCGUGGCUGUUGACGUGAUCUCAAACGAUCACAAGAAGGAGGAGAUGAAGGAAACUCUUGAUCGCGCCAUCAUGUGCCUGGAUGCCCCGGGAAUAGACCGAGAGGGGCUGAGGAAGAGCAUGCAGAAAUAUGCUCACGAGCUGCAGAAGAAGUCACUGAAGGAGCGUAGGAGCCACCACGAGUAA